AUGCCGCGGCCACCGAAUCCAAUUGACCAGUACCGUGACUAUGUCAGUUUGCUCUAUCUCAGCGGUGUCCCAAGAAGCAAGAUAAGGUAUAAGCUCCAGCAUCAUUUCCACAUAACUGUUGAUCUGAGCACGAUAUCUCGGCGCAUCGCGAGUUGGGGUCUCCCACGUCAACAAUCACGCACCAGCGAGAGUCCCCAGCUGAUUGAGGCUAUCCGCGAUCUCGUCUUCCGCGUUGGUCUGACCGAAAAACAGACGCUGGCAGUUUUGCAGCGGCAAGGUUGGCCGAUCACCAAGCGGGGUUUAAAACGCAUUAGACUUCACCCAGACCGCCGCUGGGUGCGUCGCAUCGAUAGUGAUGAGGAGCGGCUUACACUGCUGAUGAAAACAGAACAACUUAUCAUUGAAAUGACGCAACGGUCCAAUGCCAUCGCAGGAUAUGGUAGGAGGUUUCUUCAACCCUACCUUCGCCACCAAAAGCAACUCUGGGUGCCAAGAGAUCCCCUUUUCGAGAUGUACAAAAUCAUGUUCCCGAACGAGGUCGAGAUGCGAAAAAGAAUGAUGCGGAGGAAGAAGGGUCAAUUCCUCGUUCCAGGACCGAACUACCAGUGGUGCAUUGAUGGUCACGACAAGCUCAAAGCGUACGGCUUCGAGAUAUACGCUGCAAUCGAUGCCUACUCACGCAACAUCAUCUGGUUUUACGUUGGCCAUUCUGCCACAACUGCCUUGAGCGUGUUGAAGCAGUAUCUAGCGGCAUGUGACGCCUAUGGCUUCCGACCAUGGUAUCUGCAGGCAGACAGAGGCCGCGAAACGCCCUUAGUGGCAGCCGCCCACUGGAAUUUCGCCUUGGCUGCAGACGGGCGCGUGGAAUGGCAUGGGCAAGUAUUUGAGCAAGGCAAAAGAUUGAGGGAUUCCUACAAGACGGGCCCGAGCACGAAAAACGUCAAAAUCGAGAGCUGGUGGGAGCGAAUGCUCCACGUCUCAUCAAGACAAUGGGUGGACUACUUCGGUGAGCUCGCUAGGGACGGCGACUUCGAUGGCGAAAUGCUGGAGGAUCAGAUUGCCAUGUACGCCGUCUUCGAAGACGUGCUGCGGCAGGAACUCUUCGACUUUGUAGAGGCAUGGAACCUACACCGCAUACGCCUGCAAAAGAACCGUCCCCACGUGGUUCACGGCCAACCGUGGAUGAACUACCACUAUCCCGAUCCGAUAAAGGCGUGCAACUGGGGUAUACCGAUUGACCGAUCGGCUUUAAACGAAAUGGCACGGCCAUUGUCUAAUAUCGAUAUUGACACAUGCCUAGAGCCAGAGACGAAAGAGUGGUGUCGAAGGGCUCUCACAGAGAUGGGCUAUGACGAGGUAGUGGGCGGCAGCCACCAAGACUCUGAUAAGCUCCGCCCGUUCAAGCGCUUCUAUCUUGGCCUCCGCGGGAGGAUUGCCCAGCACGUCGAGAGCGGCCGGCCACCCAUAUUGGCUUAUCGAAAGGCACCAACAGGAGGGGUUGCUGAAUAUCAAGCGUUGCUUGAUCGAGCAACUCAAGCCCAGCAAGAUGAUUUUGAGGACGGUGAGCCGACAGAGGAGCCUUUGGUCGAGCUUGGUUUUGGAGACGAAGAAGGGAACGAUAUCGAAGGAAUAAGCGAUGAUGGCUGGGACGCGGUGGACGGUGACAUAUACGACGGAGCGUCGGAGUAG